ACAUAGUAGGCUCCUCAAGUCCGGGCGCACGUGGCGUAUACACAGAUUCACACUGUUUACUGCACCCAGCUAGUGAGUGAUUUGAUGUCGGGAUCCUCGGGUUCGUCGGCCGGGGGUUCGGGCGUGUGGGUGUUCAAGAACGGGGUGAUGCAGCUGCAGGCGGAGCAGCCGGCGGCGGCGCGGAAGGCGCUGGUGUACGUGCCGACGAGCGAGACGAUGUCGUCGCUGGAGCUGCUGGAGCGGCGCCUCGGCGCGCACGGGUGGGAGCGCUACUACGAGAACCGCGACAUCGUGCAGCUCCACCGCCGCGACGGCGGGAUCGACCUCAUCUCCCUGCCCCGCGACUUCACCCAGUUCCGCUCCACCCACAUGUUCGACGUCGUCCUCAAGAACCGCCAAAACUUCAAGGUCGUCGACGUCCACAACUCAAGUUAACAUUGCAAUUAACCACCCAAGUCGAUCAUCAUCUAUACACCAUCCAUCCAUCUCUAAAGCUAGCGUUCUGGUUAUACUGGUUCUAGCAGUACUACGUACGUACGGCCACGCUUACUUAUAUAAAAAAGUGACGUUGCAUCAUGCCUCCUCGCAAAAGAAGAAGAAAAAACAGUGCUAGUACUUUAUAGAUCUUGCAAGUGAGUAUGAGAAGGGGAAAGAAAAAGUGCGUCUGGUUGCUACUUGCAAGUAGCAUAUAUACAUAAGUGCAUGCUAUGUAUAGUUGGCUUGGUUAUGCUUCUACAUUUGCUUGAGGCACGCGUACGUGCAAUAAUUAAUGUGUCCGAUCGAGUCUGAAGAGUGAGACGACUGCAGUCUUGGUUAGCGCGCUGCUGAAGGCCGGCCAUGUCCCGGCUGCUUAUUUGGGUGUUAUAUGUUGAUCUGAUUAAUGGUAAUGUAAUGCGGAUUAAUUAACCAGCUAUAGUGACUUGGCAUUGCUUUGUAUUGA